CGGAGCCGAGCCCAGCUGAGCUGUUCCCAGCCGAGCCAGGCGCCGGGACCCACGGCGGUGACAAGCCCCGGGUGUGCGGGCAUGGCUCAGUGACCCCGCCGCCGCCGCACCGGGUGGAUGCUUGAGAGUGGAGGAUAAGGUACAAGUGUCUGGGACCGGUGGAAUGGAGGCCUGAUGUAGAUGGAAAGAUGGAUGAAGAAGAAGCUCUGAACUCUAUUAUGAAGGAUUUGGCAGCGUUGGGCAAAUGUGGGGGGCUGCUGGACAACAACAGGAAUAAAACCAGCGUCCACUGCAGUAAACAGCUGCGAAAUGUCAGGAUCAAGUUUGAAUAUGAAGGAGAGAAAAGGAUUAUCCAGUUUCCAAGACCAGUCAAAUUCAAAGAAGUGGUGCAGAAGGUCACGGAUGCUUUUGGACAGACAAUGGACUUAGUCUGCGUGAACAAUGAGCUCCUGAUCCCGCUGAAAUCCCAGGAAGAUUUGGACAAAGCGCUGGAACAGUUGGAGCUGAGCCCUUCCCUGAAGAGCCUGCGGAUCCUUGUGAGCGCUCCAAAGAAAGCGAAUCUCCUCCAGCCAAACAACAGCAAACAGCACGAAAUGAGGAUCUCCAGGUCCAUGGGUGAUAUCAUGGGAUCCCUGUACAAGGACUCCGAGAGGACGCGCAAAUACUCCACAGGCUCUCUGCACACCGGUCGGAGCUCUCCGCCCCCGGGCAGCGUUCCUGAGGAGCAGCAGCAGAUCGCCCGCCAGGGAUCCUACACCAGCAUCAACAGCGAGGGCGAGUUCAUCCCCGAGACCAUGGACCAGAACAUGCUUGAAGCUUUCAUCAGCCCCGACGACUCGCUGUCUGGGAGCUGCCAGUCACUGGACAGAUCUGUGGACAGCCCUCCCUUUACCCAAACCCCUGUUCCUGGAAGGAAGAGCCAUCCCAAAGACAGCCUUGAUUGCAUGGAUUUCGACAUCCCGUUCUGCGAGAGGUUUGGGAAAGGCGGGACGUUCCCGAGGCAGUACCACCUCUCCCAGAGCCGCAAGGACUACAGUGACGGUCGAAGGACUUUCCCCAGGAGUUACUUCCCGCAGGAAAACCUGUUCCAGCUCGUCCCCUCCAGCAGAACCAAGAGUUUUAACGGGGACAGCAAGCUCAGCACGCUGCAGUACGACGAGUACAGGCCCAAGUGCUGGAACAAUUGUGAGAAGGGUCUGAAGGUCUUCAGCACCUCCCCUACAAAAGCCAGGAACUCCCUGCAGGCACCUGUGAACUGGAGGCUGGGGAAGCUGCUGGGAAGAGGAGCUUUUGGGGAGGUUUAUCUCUGCUACGACGCUGACACUGGGCGGGAGCUGUCGGUGAAGCAGGUGCCUUUUGAUCCUGACAGCCAAGAGACAAGUAAAGAGGUGAAUGCUUUAGAAUGUGAGAUCCAGCUGUUGAAGACUCUCCGUCACGACAGGAUAGUGCAGUACUAUGGGUGCCUGAGGGAUCCUGAGGAGAAGAAGCUGUCUAUCUUUGUUGAAUACAUGCCAGGGGGCUCAAUAAAGGACCAGCUAAAAGCUUACGGUGCUCUGACCGAGAACGUCACACGGAAGUACACCAGGCAGAUCCUGCAGGGAGUCUUCUACCUACACAGCAAUAUGAUUGUCCACAGGGACAUUAAAGGUGCCAAUAUCCUGAGAGAUUCUGCUGGAAAUGUGAAACUUGGAGAUUUUGGAGCCAGCAAACGCAUCCAGACCAUCUGCAUGUCUGGGACUGGGAUUAAAUCCGUCACGGGAACCCCGUACUGGAUGAGCCCUGAGGUUAUCAGUGGAGAGGGCUACGGAAGGAAAGCUGAUGUGUGGAGCGUGGCCUGCACCGUGGUGGAGAUGUUAACGGAGAAGCCGCCCUGGGCAGAGUUCGAGGCCAUGGCGGCAAUUUUCAAGAUCGCCACCCAGCCGACCAACCCCCAGCUCCCCGACAGCGUCUCCAGCUGCUGCCGCAACUUCCUCAAGCAGAUCUUCGUGGAGGAGAAGCGGAGGCCGACGGCCGAGGACCUGCUGAGGCACCCCUUCGUCAACUGCGGGCUCUGAGCCCCCCGGCAGCGGGGUUGGGAAGCGCCGGCGGGACGGGGGCGGCCGCUGGACCCGCGGUCAGACCCCUGCCCGGGGCUGUCCUGGCAGUGGCCCCCGCAGGUCCCUUCUCGCUCGUCGCUGCCUCGGCACCCGCCGCGCUGUUGGAUUUUUCGAGCUGCGUUCGGGACUGCUGGCGCCGGGAACUCGGAGCGAGGGAUUUCCCGGACUGUGCGGGUGCUGGCCUGGGACCGCGCAACCUCCUCGCCGCCAGCGGUACCGGGGCCGUCCCCCCUCGCCGUGUGACUGAUCUCUUGGGGAAAGCGCAGCAAAUGGGGUCUGUCCUGCCCCCCUUCCCCCAGCACAACGGCGGUGCUGGCAGCACCCCCGGGAGCGGGGGGAGGAAUCGGAUGCUCAGUGGCCAUCACUGCCUUUCGCAGAGGAACAGAGACAGGGCCUUCAGCCGAGCCGGAGGAGAUGAUCCUCAGACCGCAGGGUCGGGGGGACCCGGGUGUCCCCAUUCCCAAGGGGACCGGCCCCACUGGAGCUCGUGGGACCAGCCGGUGGCUCCAGGGGGGCGGCGUUUCAAUCUGUCCUGUGCCUUACGCGGUUACAAUCAAGGAGUGAUGCUCGACUCGGAGUCGGGUGUGAUGAUGCA